AUGGUGGUAAAAGCUAUUGCUCGAAAUUCCAUAGGUCGUAAUGGGGUUGGAGCUUUUGUGUUCCCAUGUAGAAAAAUUACGUUACAAUACUGCAACUGGGGCGGAUCCUCGGAAGGCAUGAGAAAAUUUUUGACUUCAAAGAGGCUAGAUAAAUGGGGCCAUGAGUUUCCUUGGAUACAAUUUGAAGUAUUGAGGAAGUCCGGUCACCCUCUAUUGAGAGCAGAAUAUACCAAUGGACGUGAAAAGGUUGUUUGUGUAAGAAACUUGAACAUUGAUAAUGUAGAGAACAAGUUAAAGCUACUGAAAGAUUCUGAUGGAGACAUCUUACGCAGAAGGACAAAGAAUGACAACGUGGAAAGCUUGAACAGUAGUGUGAGAGGUAUAUGGUCGCCACUGCACGCUGCAAAAAGGCAUAGAAUUUAG